AAUUUUCUGAUUAACAAUAUUGUAAAGUAAUAUUUACAGUAAAUAAAUCAAAAUAAUUUCUUUCGAGAAUUUGCAAAGCUAUGUGCAUAAAGUUUGUAAGAACUGAUGUGGGAAGAUUGUUAUUGAUAGAAUAUCUUUAAUUUGAGUAAGGAGUGUCGAUGAGUUGUUUCGUAAUAGAAUUCUAAUUGUUAUGUGAAGGGGUUCAUAAGAACGUGAGCUUGGAAAAGUGUUGGAACUUAGGAUGUUUAAAGGGUGUAGAGUGCUUGGGCAUCCAAAUUAUGUUAGGGUUGUUCGUGAGGGAAAAGAACGUCGCAGACUAUGGGCUAAAAGAAAAACUCCACGAACUUCUAAAGGAGGUGAAGCUAUCUUAGAUGUCGCAGAAUCUGAGCCAGGAAAGACGCACAAAGAGGCUUUGGAUGGUUCAGGGAUGCUUCCAAAUGACAUUGUUGAAAUGCUUGCAGCUCGUGAGAAACAAGUUUUCCUAUCAGACUCGGAAGAUGACAAGGCUGAGGUGAAACCCACUUCUAAUAAGAAAAAGAAGAAAAGCUCAGGGUUAGAGGCUGUUAUUUUGAAGGACAUGCCUCCUCCUGAAUGCUUGAAGAAUUCCUUGGAGUUCUUGAAGAAAAGGAAAAUGCAGAUUUCAAGGUCAUCUGCGGUUCUGAACAACUCAAACCAAGCACUUCGCCUCCUUACUACUUCUGGCUUGUUAAAGUGACGAACUUGGAUCUCAAUUUUUUCAUUGUUAAUUAGAUUCAUGCUGAAGCUAUUCUUGAAUAGUCCGUAGCUCCAACAGGAGUACAAUGUUGUUACUGAUGAAGAAAUGAGUUAAAAGUUUUGUCUGUUGUGAAUUUGCGGUCAGUGACAGUAAUUGUAUUCCUCUACUUCUCAUGUGUGUUUAGAAUUGAGUUCUACCCAGUGAGCAAAACAUACAACUCACUUGUGACAGUAUCUUAUAAGAGAUUCACCAUUUACCAUACUCUGUGCCUACUGCCUAGAUCACUUAUUUGACUGUUUUGGUCCUAAUUAGAAUGCGCCGUGGGUUGAAUUGGAUUAGGAUAGUAUAAAAAGGUGUGAAAUUGGAAUUUUCGGUUUGGGAUGGACAAUCUCAGGACGGUGAAUUGGUGAUGGGAUUUGUGAUCCCGUGUACUUUGUAAUAUUUAUGAAUCCCAGUAAAUUUAUUAUUCCACCAUUAUGCAAAGAUACAUGAUUAUAGUUAUACUUGGA